AGUGACGUCAGAACCAAAACAAUGUCCAACAGCGCCAGCAAUAUGCCCGUCCGACCAGGCCAGAUGCCUGCUGCUGGCGCUGGUGUAAGGAAUGCAGGCCCAGUCUGGGGUCUUGGGAUGGGCAUGCCACCCUUGGGCUUUGGAGUGGUGCCACAACAGCCAGGUAACCUGAUGAUGGGGGGCCAGGUCCAACAGAUGGCACCACAGGUGGCAAACUGGCAACAGCAGCAGUUCAUGGCAGCUCAGCAAAUGGGUCUGUCAGGAGCCGCUGUGGGUGUACAGCCCAUGCCACAGCAACAGCAACAUUUGCAACAGCAGUACCAGCAGCACUUUCAGCAGAAGCAGUACCAGCAGCAGCAACAGUGGGCUGAAGCACAGAAGAAGGCGGCAGAGGAGCAGAAGAAGAUGUACGAGCAGAUCAUGAAGCAGAGGCAGUUCGAUGAGCAGAAGAUGAGACUACAAGCAUUCAGUAGUUCAAAAAAGAUGCCUGUCAGCGCAGACUCCAUGAUUGAAAACAUCCUUGGCACCAAAGACGCCCCAAAGCCAAGAUCACCUCCGGCUCCUCCUAAAAAGAUAGCAAAUGAAGUCCAUGAGGAAAAGGUGGCAAAUGCAAAGCAAGGCACGGCAGUGGAUUGGUCGAAGAUGGGUGAUGUCGACACCUUAUUUGUGGCCUCGCAGGUAAAGCGUAAUUUUUGAUGUAAGGGUGUCAUGUCAUGCAUUUUUUUCUCCUUAUCCUUAGAAGAUAAAGUGUACUGUAAAAGUUCUCAGAAAACACUUUUUUCUUUCUAAAUGUUACAAUUCACAAAAAUAGAGAAAUA